AUGUUACUUUUGUUGUCGUUUAUCUUAUUGUUUAUCUUCUCUGUUAUUAAUCAUUCCAUCUAUUGCCUCUUUGCAGUAUGGUCGCAGCCGGGAGUGUUCGUUCCUCCCCCAGACGACUAUGACUACGAAUACAGCUACGACUAUGAAGAAAACGCCAACGCCUCUGAUGUGACUGGACUGAACGACACCAGCAGCAGCCUUAAGGUCAUCCGUCUUCUCCGGAACCAGACCAAAGGCUCGGGGGAGAAUGUGAGGCUCAAGUGUGAGUUUACAGGCGAUCCUCCCCCAUCUCGCUUCAAGUGGUACAAGAAUGAGGCGCCCGUGAUCGAGGAGAAGGGUCGUGUCAACAUCAGGAAGUACAAGCUGAAGGCCGACGGAGUCCCGAUCUACGGCACCAAGCUGACCAUCAAGGACUUGGAGAUCCACGACAAGGGCUUCUACAGAUGCGAGGCGAGCAAUGGCGACGAGAAGGUUGAGUCCACGGGCAUCCUUAUCGUCAAGCUGGAAAUGUGGCGACGCGUGCCAGACACCGCUGAAAGCGAAGCCUUCAUCCCCCUUCUUGAAGAUCUCGGCGUGCACUUCCAGAACCUGCCAGGAGGAAAAUUGCCCGAUGGCAUUCCAGGUGUACCAGGUGCUAUCAGCCCCAACAGUCCUGGUGGGCAUGGAGGGCAUCCCAGUGGCAUCCCUGAGUCAGGGGUGGACACCAAAAAUGUACAAGGGUACUGCCAGGUAUACAGGGGAGCCACCUGUAGUGGCUUCAUUGGCAACCAUUCCAUUUACAUCUACUCCCCUCAUCACCUGGCUGACAUGGAGAAGCGCCUUACAAGUGCAAUCACAGUCAUCAGUCACUCAAAUGACCUCUCUGCUAAGUGUGAAGAUUAUGCAAUCAAGUCUCUGUGCUAUGCUGCUCUUCCUCUGUGUGAUGAAAACUCUCCUGACCCACAACCCCGGCAGCUUUGUAGAGAAGAGUGCGAAAUUCUGGUGAAUGAUGUGUGCAGAAUGGAGUAUGUCAUUGCCAAGCAACACCAGCUCAUUGGCAGACAGCUGCCAAUCCCAGAUUGUGACGACCUCUCCCCAAUCAUCUCCCCUGAGCACAUGUCUUGUAUUCGUUUGGGAGUCCAGAGUGAACCUCUGGUUGAAGAUGAAAAGUGCUAUGUAGGAAAUGGUGAGUCCUAUCGUGGCACCGAGAGUCGCACUCUUUCUGACCGGAUAUGUGAACCCUGGAGUGAGAACCAACUGUACAUGCGUACAGCAGACUAUCCGGAGCUGAUUGGUGGACACAACUUCUGCCGGAACCCUGGUGGCUCUGAGGUUCAGCCUUGGUGUUUUGUGACAACUGAACACUCUGUUACUAAGGAAGCAUGUGUUGUUCCUGUGUGUAGUAACAAUACUGUGGUGUACAUCACAAUUGCUUGUAUACUUGGAGCUGUCAUUUUGGUGACAGUUGUUGGAUAUAUAUGUUUCAAACGGAAGACAAAGUUUCCAAAGCAACCAUCACCCAAAGCUAAAACAGUGGAACUGAAUGCCCUACUGCCCAAGCAACAACAGCUUCGAGCCAGAGAAUUUCCACUGGCUAAUGUGCGAUUCAUGCAAGAGCUUGGUGAAGGAGCCUUUGGCAAGGUUUACAAAGGAGAACUUCAAGGUGUAAGUCCUGAUGGCAGCUCAGUGCUAGUUGCCAUAAAGACUCUUAAGGAAAAUGCUACAGCCAAGACCCGUCAGGACUUCCACAGGGAAGUGGAGUUGAUGACUGACCUACGCCACCCCAACAUUGUGUGCCUGCUGGGUGUGGUGAUGAAGGAGGAACCAAUGUGCAUGCUGUUUGAACAUAUGUCACAGGGUGAUCUACAUGAGUUUUUGAUUGCUCACUCUCCAAGGUCAGAUGUCUCAGCAUGUAGUGAUGAUGGCAUGUCUCAAGUUGUUCUGGAACAGCCCGACAUGCUGGCAAUUGCUACUCAAAUAGCCGCAGGUAUGGAGUACUUGGCCAGCCAUCACUAUGUGCAUCGUGACCUUGCCUCCCGGAACUGUCUGGUGGGUGAGAAACUGACAGUGAAAAUUUCAGACUUUGGACUAUCACGGGACAUCUAUUCCUCAGAUUAUUACAGAGUCCAGAGCAAGAGCCUUCUUCCAGUGCGGUGGAUGCCUCCAGAGUCCAUAUUGUAUGGAAAAUUCACUACAGAGUCAGAUGUGUGGAGCUUUGGAGUGGUGCUGUGGGAAAUAUUUAGUUAUGGCUUACAGCCAUAUUAUGGUUACAAUAACCAGGAGGUCAUAGAUAUGAUUCGUUCUCGCCACCUUCUGCCAUGCCCUGAGGACUGCCCCCCUCGCAUCUAUGCCCUCAUGGUGGAAUGUUGGCAUGAAACACCUAAUAGGAGACCAACCUUCAGGGAGAUUCAUGGUCGCUUGAGGUCCUGGCAGGGUUUAGAUAAUGGGGGGCUGGCUGGUACUUUGAGUGGCAGUGUGUCAGGCCACUCAGGCUCACAGCACUCCAGCACUGGCCCCUCUAACAAUACUGGCUCUACCAAUCUCUCCUCAAACACUCACCCUCCACACCUCCAGCGCCCCUUCCAUCCAGGGGCCCACUAUCCUCCCCCAGGACCCCCUCAUUCCCCAGCAUACUCAACCCCAUAUCAACCAGCUCCCCCGCCAGGGAUGAUCCCAGGGCUAUACCCGCGCCUCAAUGCUCCUGUGGGACACCAGCAGCCUGUGUACCUGGCACAGAGAAGUAAUGUGCUGGGUGGCUCUCCUGUCACAGUCAGAGUCGCUCAGCCACAGUCAGUAAAUGUAGGAACUGAAACUCAGCUGGCCAAUCUUUGAAAGGACAUUUUUCUUUGGAAGUUGGAUUAUGGUCCAAAGGAAUCUGUGAGUAGAUAAAUGUGAAUCUCAACAUAUUUUUUGGUGUUAAAUUUAUUGUUGAGAAUCAUACAGUGCACCUGAUACAACAUUUAAGUGCUUAAUUAAAGCAAAUGACACUGACUCCUCAAGAAAAUGCAAUAAAAUAAUUUCCUGAGUGUUUCAUAGAUUUAGAUACUUAUACGUACAUAUAUCUAUAAACUUCAAGCCACACUAUAUCUGAAUACAGGUGUCUGUUUAGUCUGUACAGUGGAAAAGUGUUUGCAUGAAGAAACUAACACUGAUUAUAAGAAAAAAAUUGAACCUGAGAUCCUCAAGAGAUUUUGUGUCAUACACUAUUUCUGUCUCUGUAAAGAACUGUAAACCUGUAUUUGAAAAAUGAAAGUUGUGUUUUGUGCAAGGUAGAUAUGAUUUUAUCAUGUACAGGAAUCAAACACAGCUUGAAAAAAUGUGGUUCCAUUCAUGUUUCUGCCUUGAAUUUUUUAUUUAUUUAUUUAUUUUUUUUUUCAGAUAAAAGUUACUAAUCAGGAAUGAUGUUGAAAUAUUAAAAAAGAAAACUAUAAGAUGCAUUUAGUAUGUUUUCUUGAUCCAGUCGAUGUAUGAUAAGAGUCAGUUACAUGAUACAAAUUGGAAGUCUCAAAGAGGUCACUGAUGAUAUUUUUAUGUAAUUACGUAACUGUGAAGAGCUUUAUGAGAUAAAAUAUUUUUUAUGCUAUGCUGCAAUGCACUUAUGCUUUAUACUUUAUUGUCAUAAAUUAACUAAGUCAAGAAUUUUGCUAAUACAUGCAGUAAGCUUUGAUGUGAUACUUUAUUCUCUCUCUCUCUCUCUCUCUCUCUCUCUCUCUCUCUCUCUCUCUCUCUCUCUCUCUCUCUCUCUCUCUCUCUCUCUCUCUCUCUCUCUCUCUCUCUCUCUCUCUCUCUCUCUCUCUCUCCAGCUUCCUUUUCAAAAGAAAGUAUGUAGUUUACUUUUGUGCCUGGUGAAAUAAUAACCAGCAUAGAUAUCUACAGUUUGUAUUAGUAUAUAAUCUCAACAUUGACCUCUUAGCACAACUGCAUAUAUUUUAUGAAACGCUUCUGAGCAAGAGUUAUUGUGAAAUAGUCAUGGAAUUACUGGUCAGCUAAUUGCAGCAAAAUGUGUUAGGUGUUUAUUUGUCAUAAGCAAGUACAUGUGAAUCAUUCUUGACAUGUCAGACCAGGAAGGUGGUUCCAUACUAAUCCCACAAAGAUCACAGCAUACCACAUUGGCAAAAUACAUCAGUAGUGAGAUACCUUUUCAAAUGGUUUUCUCUUUUAAAACUGUUUGAAAGUUCAUGAGUUUCAUAAUCAUUCACUACAGCGCAUAUUAUCAGAUACCCAUAGUUAUGUAGUAAAAACCUAUUUGUAAAUUGUGGAAAAAAGAGAUUUUAAGAUGUAUAAUCAGUCAUGUGUGUCAUCUGACUGGUCUUAAGAAUUUUAUCAUGAUAUUAAGAAAGUGUAAAUAGGUCUGUAGAUUAUGCUAUUUAUAAUCAUAACAAAUCCUUUUUAAGAUUACCACAACUGAGUCUUUUGUACAUGCAAGCAAGUGGUAAAGAUACAGGAGAUAGAGUUUUAUUCUCCCAGUGUGAUAUUGUGUUUUGUGUGUGAUUGUUUGGACUUUUAAAAAAUGUGGCAUUCUGUUUUGCUAGGUACUUGGUUACAUCUUAUGACAGUGGCUGUGCUUGUGGACUUGUGGAAUAUUCUUAUGUAAUAUCUACAAGCUGAAAUUAAACAUGGUACCUUGUCCA